UAAAUCCAUAUUUACAGUAAGAUAAUCCUGCCCUCUGGUGGUAAGGUGUGACAUUUCAGAACUGUUUGAAGAAAUUUGCCUUUGUUAUUAUGAUUUGUCUGGAAAUGUAACUUUAUAUUCUGUUGGUUUUUUUUUUUCAAGUUCAUCUAUGAUGAAAAGGUGACAUGGUGGGAAUCGCUCAUCCUAAUAGUACUGUACAUAUUUUACAUUAUAUUAAUGAAAUUUAACUCGCGGGUGGUUCAUUACAUCGAACGGCGGAAAAAGAACUCUGCAAAUCUGGGUAACGGCACAGCAAGCAACACAGACAUCGACGAUGGGUGCGAUGCCACUGUCGUGCUGCUUAAGAAAGCAAAUUUUCACAGGAAGCCAUCAGUGCUGAUGGUGGACGAGCUCUUGUCUGCAUACCCUCAUCAGCUGUCCUUCUCUGAGGCCGGGAUGAGAAUCAUGAUCACCAGCCACUUCUCUCCUCGCACACGCCUCACAAUGGCCUCCAGAAUGCUUAUCACAGAGAGGCAGCGUCUGAUAAACAGUCGCUUCAGUAACGGGGACUCAGAGGUGACAGUAAAGAUCCCAGGAAAGCGCGGGGUGGAGAAUGGGCUGGCAGGACCGGACCGAGGCCUGAACGGGCGAAAGGGGGGUCACCAUGACGACGACAGGGGAGGAGCUGAAGCUGGCACUGACACUGAAAACGAGAAUGAGGACAAUGAAAACAAUGAGAACGAUGAGGAGGAAGAGGAGGAAGAUGACAACGAAGGACCCUAUGUACCAUAUCGCUGCCCCGGUGGGGCCUUAAAUAAGCUAAAGUGGCUGCUGGCCUGGCCACUGAGUCUGCUGCUGUUCUUCACCGUGCCCAACUGUUCCACUCCUCGCUGGGAGCGCUGGUAUAUGGUCUCGUUUAUCAGCUCGACCCUCUGGAUUGCUUUCUUCUCUUACAUCAUGGUUUGGAUGGUCACAGUGAUCGGUUACACUAUGGGCAUCCCUGAUGUCAUCAUGGGCAUCACUUUCUUGGCUGCUGGGACCAGCGUUCCUGACUGCUUGGCCAGUUUAAUUGUUGCACGGCAAGGAAUGGGUGACAUGGCUGUGUCUAACUCUAUCGGUAGUAACGUGUUUGAUAUCCUGAUUGGGCUUGGUCUGCCCUGGACCCUCCAGACUUUGGCCAUUGACUAUGGCUCCACAAUUCACCUGAACAGUAAAGGUUUGAUUUUCUCAGUUGGGCUGCUGCUAGCAUCUGUGUUUCUCACGGUUCUCGGUGUACAUUUGAACAAGUGGAAGCUGGACAAGCGUUUGGGUUUCAUUUGUUUGCUGAUGUACGCUGUCUUCCUGUGUUUCUCCAUCCUCAUCGAGUUUAACAUAUUCACCUUCGUCAAUCUGCCCACCUGCCGCGAGGAAUGAGACGGCUCCUUUUCCCGGCCCUCCCUCCUUGACCUUGUGAGGACAACGGCACAAGUCCUCGAUCAGAUGCAGACUGGCUCUUGUUCUAAAGGAAUACUUAUUUAUUGAUCUAGCUGAUCCUCUAUUGAUCCUCUCUUUUUCUUUCCAAUGGGUGCAAUAUUAACAGAGUCUCUGGAUCUGUGGUGUUACAAGAGGAGAGAGAGGAUGUGUGCGAAGAAUGGUCCUGUUGACCGAUAUAUAGACUGUUCUAACGGGACAGGAACGUGGUAAAUGAUGACUACUGCCUGGUUUGAUGUGAAUACUUUUUUUUUCGAAAUAUUUUGCAUAUUACAUAUUUAAAGAAUAUGAUGUAAAUGUAUUUUAUGAUGGAAUUUGUUUUAUUAGCUGCUAAUUUACUGAAGAAGAGGCUGGACUUAUUAAUGUCUGUAAAAAUAGAGAUUUACGAGGGUUCGUUAUUUUGCUGAAAGGUACUGGUGACCUCUAGGAAAUACUUGUAUACAGUCCUCUUUAUAAUUUGGGCAUUACCAAGUCGUCACCUUCAUAGUACAAGAUCAAUCUGGACGUCAGGGUCAUUAGUGUCUACUUUUUUCAGAUGAGAAUAUGUUUACGGUGCAGAGGAGGUAAUAAGAUCAAAUUUUAGUCAAAAAAGAGAUAAACAGCGGGCAAUUGUUUGCACCUGUGUGGAAACACUUGUUGGAACACUUCUACCAACAUAUUUAUGUUCAAUGAGACAAUGUUCUUGUGUGAAAUAUGGGUUUCUAUAGAUGUGUUUCUGAAUUUUCUUUUGUCUUUAACACUCUGUAUAUACUGAAACAGAGAAAGGUUUAUUUAUUAUUUAUUGAAAACUAUUUAUGCACAUUACUUUCCUAUGACGUACUGAAACAAAACCAACCCACAGCUGUCCCAAAGAAGAGACCGUUCUGGAGUUUCACCCAGGCUACGCCGUUAUGUCCUUCAGAGCUUACGUGUCAGCCUUUUCUACUGGAUUCCUUCUCCUUCAUCUCUGAAUAUUAUGCACCCUUUUAGAUGCACCUUUGACUUGAUGCGUAAAACAGUUUCUACUAUUUGAUAUCGGUGUGACAUGACAUUAGAGGUAACUGUAAAGAUUUUUUGAACACUCAAAACUUUGGCAGGCAAGUAAGGGAAAAUAUAUAGAUAGAUAUAUAUUUUAUACUUAACUGUUUUGACAUUUAAGAUCGGUCCAUUCCCUUUUUGGAGUGAAUGGAGUGAGUGAGCCUCAAACCUAAGAAGCUGAUUAGCAGGAACGUGUCCUGGUAAAAUGAAGCUAACGUUGAUAAGACUGUUUCAAAGUCAAAACGUAGAUGCUCUAGAAAAGGUCAAGUCAUUUUUCUCUUAGCAUGCCGCUCUUAUCUUAGAGUUUAUCCAGGAAUUUUGGAAGAAAUCUUCUCAGCAGAACAAGGAUCAGAAUUCAUUUCUAAGGAUGCAGUUAAUGAUAUGGAUUUUUCAGGAGUUCUUUAUGCUGAUGUGUCCGGGGCUCAUUUCUUGCCCUUCUUUUCGAAGGACUAUUUAAAUACUUUGUUUUGUAUGCCUCUGGUUCUAGGGAUUUGAAAAAGACACUACCAUAAUGCAUCACAGCUGUAAGCUUCUAACUGUGGCACAAUAUGUGGAUGAGUGGUCUUCUUCUCCUAACUGAGGUUUUUUAGUGAGCUGACAAAGUAGCGAUUCUGUGGACUGUUUUAGUCUAGUUAGAGAUUUCAUGCAGGUUUUCUAGUCUGAAGGCACAUUGCAGGGAUAUUUUGUGUUUUAUGCACUGGUUAAUACUGGGUGUCUAAUUGUUUGUCAUAUUUUAAGAAUAGAAUUUAGGUGACUUAGAAACAUAUCUGGAAGAGUAUUGCGGCAAAGUAUUUUUUAUCACAAAAGUAACUUUGUAUUUUGUAACGCAAAAUGUUUAGAAAUGUUUUCUGCUUUUAAAAGUCUGUAGAGUGUGCUUCAAGUGAAUCUGCAUAUUUAUUCUUUAGAUCAUAAAACUAAUUUGUCAGCUUACCGUCAGAGUACUUUUAGCAUGCUUAAAAUCAAAGGUCACACUUUGUAGGGCAUUCUUUUCAACAAUGUACAAAAGAAAAAAAGAAAAUUUGUCCCUAGUUUGACAGAAUAUAUUUGCAAAUAUGAACAUUUUGUUUUCUGUAUCACUCAUAGUAGACAUUGAGGCCUAGUUUACUUUCCGAAAAUGCAACAGCAGGUCUAAGGUUUAAGCAAUGUGAUAUUCCUGAUAAAUAUAAGCUAGGUGUAAUCCAAGUAGAGCGUACGAGCUGUGUUUGGAUGCUGAAAAUUGUUAUUGGCUAUUAUUUUCUUCUUUUCAAAGCAGGGUAUUAUAAGAAAGACGUCGGGAAGGCAGGGUUUAAUGAAAGUUUUGUUCAUGAAAUGCAAUAAUGUUUAGAUGAAUUAAUUACUGUGUUUGCGUUUUUUGUAAAUUCUAAACAUGACACAUCACAAUCUUUA